GCUAGCCAGCUGUAGAAUUACUCUAUUCCUGGUCUUUGAACCUCCUUGCAGCCCAUUGCCUUGGGUGGCAUGACGGAAGCAAAAAGAAGCUCUGAGACUGAAGAAGUGCUUUUGGGAUUGAGCCGAGCAGAGGCAAACAUUGAGAAGCAGGAGGACGAAGUGAAGCAUGCUAGACUUGAGGUGAAGCUCCGUGAGAUGGUCUUAGAGGUGGUGGCUCCGACGGUGGAGCGUGCCGUUCGCAUGCAAAACCACUGUGACCAUUUAUCGGCCAGGAUAGAGAGUCAGCAUGGGAUUUUGACCAUGAUGGCGAAAGAUGUGCACAGAGCGAUGGACCAAUUGGGCCUGGUGCACGAAUUCAAGAAACAGCUCGAUGACUUCUGGGGUAGCCAGAAAGACCUUGAGCUCAAGCUUGCCAACCACGUCCGUGAAGUCCUUUCAAAUGUGGAGCAAUGCAAUCAUGAUUGCAAGACAUUGACCUCCACGACAGAGAGGUUGAGCAAACAGAUCAUUCGAGCGCAACAGGACUCCGACCAACUUCGGACGGACAUUUUCAAGAUGCAGACCAGCCUAGACAUGGGAGUCAAGAAGAACAAGGAGUACCUGGACUCUGAGACCAAGCGACUAGAGCUCAGCAUCGACCAAGUAAAGGAGAUGCACAAAGCCCUAAGCGAUGAAAUCUGGGGCCCUGAGGAAGUCACGGACUUCUCACCUCCUAGCUUGCGGCGCUUAGACAUGCAGACGCGGCAGCUGGAAAAGACCAUCAAAGAGGUGCUGGCUGAGCUGCGCGAGCUGCGGCUCCUGGAUGCGCAUGUGAAGAGGGUCACGGAGAUCCAGGAGGGCCACGGCGUGCAGCUCACGGAGCUCACGGACACCAGCAACGAGAUCUCGCAACGGGUCAACCAGGUGAACAAGGAUCUAAAAGCGGAGAUCAAGAGGACUGCGAACUUGAUGUCUGCAUACUCUGCGAACUUAUUGCAUGAAGUUCGUUCCUCCUUCAGUAACGAAGUGAAAGAGCUGGCGGGUCUUCAUCAGGAUGUGCAAGUCUUCCUGAAGGAGACUGAGGCCUCGCUCCACAGUCUCCAAGAGUCCUUGCACUCCAGCGGGCGACACGUGGAAGCUUCGCUCCGGGAGGUGCGCCUCGAUAUUGAAAGCCUGGACUCCAAAAGGAAGAGGGAUAAGAUUGGACUUGAAGAGAGCAUUACGGGGUUGCAGCAGCAGGCCAGCCACUCCUCCAUGUCAGCGAGUCAGCUGGGCCAAACUCUGGAGCACCUUUCCAGCAUCCUGGGCAUCUCACUGCAAGGGCAGCGAAUGAUCAUUGCUCUUGGGGUUCAGGACUUCGUGGAUCGAAAGGACACAACAUAUGUGGGCCUCAAGAAGGGGCACACAGGUGGGCUGAAGCUCGGCCCUCGUUUGGACCUGGACUCCUUCACAGACCUGCCGGGGAUGAAUCCCGACGAGGAUGAGCAGCUGCAAAAGCGAUGCAGGUACUUGGCGACCGCCUUUGGGUUUGGCCAAGGAUGUUGCGUCAACGUCUAUCUUUCAGCAGGCGGUUACCUGGGAGACAAGUUUGAUGACAAAUACUUCUUUGUGCUGAUGUGCGCAGCUGUCUACGUGACGCCACUGUUGAUCUUUGCUUUGGCUCGCAGGUUGGAUCCUUACUUCGACAGACACUUUGGCUUUCGGUCUGUCUACCAGGUGCGCCUGGCGAUUUCGAUGCUCGUCGGAGCGCUUUUGGUGGCCGGCUUGAUCGCAGCAACAUUGGGCACGGGCGACCAAAAAGCCGCUGUCUUGGCCUUGGGCGCGGCCGUGGGCUGCGUGGCCGGCUCGGUGGCCUCGGCCUCCGCGCAGUUCUUCGGAGUGAUCUCCCCGAAGUUGGUGCCGCUCUUCUUUCUGGGGCAGACGGCCUCAGGCCACCGGUGCCGUGCGAAGGGUGCGAAGGGGAAGCUCAGUGCGGUAGGAGUCUGCAACAGCGAAGUCCGUGCUCAUUCUGCGGACUAUAUCGACUUCGGCUGCCAAAGGGGCAGGCUAGUGGACCGCGACCUUGGCGGGCGGCCGGCAGCGGGGCUGCGACGGUCGCGAUCUCCACCUUUGGACCUUGCCACGCUCGGUUGCGAGGACCGAGAUGGGUGCAACGAGGUGCCGUCCCGUAGAGAAACGCAGCUCUCUGCCUAUAUGCGCUCUGGGGAGGAUGCGAAAGAAGCCUUUAAAAGCCCUGGCACAGUUCUGAGAUCCUCCUCAUUGCCUGAGAGGUGCUUCUAUGAGCGGUGCAAGCCCAGUGGUAAUUUCACUGAAGUUCCAUCAGCUUUGCCGACAAACCCUGAUUGGUUGAAGACAAGGCUUGCUGCUCUUGCCGAAGAGAGCGAGUUUCCCAAGGUGAAGGUUCGGCUGAAUCGGCCAAAAAACACGGAGAUCCCAAGCCCCCUUACAGGACAUGGCGAGCGGACGAAGUGCCGAUCACCAUCUCCACGGCUUUUGGGUGAGGGCGUGGCGAUCGGGGAGGCGAACAAGGCAUCCCUUGGCGUCCCCUGGCGAAGUCUUCCUGUCUACAGCAAGGGUGCACUUUGCCAGACGAUGAUCACUGGUUUGUCCACCACAAGGAGAGUCCAAGCGCUUUCAGAGUUCUCGGAGAAGUUGAACAGCAGCACCACCAAGGAGUUGAUCUAUCCUGAGAACAACGGGAAGGCAACGGAGGCAGACGGCCAUUUCAAGAAUUGGUUGAUCUCCGUGCAGAACUCCUUGCAGUCUCUCAACAUAGUUAGGGCUCCCAUUCCAACACCCAGAAUCAGCAUCACAAGGGCUGGAUCGCCCACUCUCACUGAGAAGCAGCAGCAGUGCAAGCCGUUGAAAAAGUAUCUUGAAAGUGAUCAAGGCACCAAG